CGGCUUGGGCUCCAGGCAGCAGCUCACCUGUUUUGCUUCGGGUGGCAAAGGCCCUGAGCGGCUUCUUCUUCUUCUCCUCCUUCUUCUUUUUUGGUUUUUUUUUUUUUUGCAACCCCCCCCCCCUCCCAGCCCCCGCCAUGGCCGUCGAGAAGGAGAAGAAGACCUGCGGGCAGGUGAUGCACGAAUGGAAGGAGUUCGUCUGGAACCCCCGCACCCACCAGUUUAUGGGGCGCACCGGCAGCAGCUGGGCCCUUAUCUUGCUCUUCUACUUGGUCUUCUACGGCUUCCUGACGGCCCUCUUCACCCUCACCAUGUGGGUCAUGCUCCAGACCGUGGACCCCUUCAUCCCCAAGUAUCAGGACCGCCUCUCCAUCCCAGGCAUGAUGAUCCGUCCCAAGACGGAUGCUCUGGACAUUACCUACAACUUAAGCGAAACCGAAUCUUGGGACAACUACGUGAAAAUGCUCAACGGCUUUUUGGAAGCCUACAACGACUCUCGGCAAGUGGCCAUGAACGAAUUCUGCCAGCCCGGCCGUUACAACGAACAACCCGACAACGGGGUGUUGAACUACCCCAAGAGGGCCUGCCAGUUCAACCGCACCAUGUUGAGGGAUUGUUCGGGACUCAACGACUCGACUUACGGCUACCAGGAAGGACGGCCUUGUAUCCUGGUUAAAAUGAACCGGGUCAUCAACUUCUAUGCAGGCGCCAACCAGCCCAUGAACAUCUCCUGCACGGCCAAGAAAGAGGACGACACGCAGAAGCUGGGCGAGCUGGCCAUGUUCCCCGCUGACGGGAACAUCGAUCUUAUGUACUUCCCGUAUUACGGGAAGAAAGUUCAUGUCAACUACACUCAGCCCGUGGUGGCCAUCAAGUUCCUCAACCUGACCUUCAACCACGACCACAACAUCGAGUGUAAGAUCAACGCCCUCAACAUCGCCACCACCGACGAGCGAGACAAGUUUGCCGGCCGCGUGGCUUUCAAAAUCCGGGUCAACAAAGACUGAAGCUGACAACGGCCCCCCCCCAACCCCCCC